UGAGACCGAGCAUGUUAAGAAGAGACGAGGAAGAGACGAGGAAGAAACAAGCAGAGUCAGUGGGAGUUAAUAGUAUGAUCCAGUCGGGUUGGGAGCAUCAUCGAGACAUCGGUCCGUGUCAGUCGUGAAGAAGGUCUCGCAGAAGGUUCGAGCCAUGCGGCCGUACCUCAUCAUUCUGAUCUUCCUCGCGAGUACCGUACUUGCGAGGUACUACGAGAAGACACGUUUUGAUCGAUCUGUUAAUGAGUACGAAGUGAAAAACACAGCAAACGAUGACGCAAACAAACAAUGGUCUUUCACUGACGAUGUAACGCAAUUUGUCGCGUACAAAAGCAAACAGGAGAACGAUUGUUAUCUUAGAAAUACGCAACACGAUCGCAAUGUAUCACGUAAAAAACUGCAAGCUGAGACACUGCUCUAUGCAACGACAACCCUUACAAAACUGGAGGCGUGGCGACUUGCUGGAGAUCGAAUCGUUGAUUUCUGCAACGGACGCACCAUGAUUUUGCUGCAGGAAACCAGACCCGUACCCGGACAAAUUGUCGAUCCGUUUUUUAACGAAAUCCCGGAAGAUAGUUUUCCGAGACAAGUAGCUACUGAUGUAGUAACUCGGGCGAAAAGACAAAUUCCAUUAGCGCAACGAGAUACAAAUUUCAACAAACUUCGACAACGUCGGCAAGCAAACCAAUUUCGAGGAAAGUUUCGUGGACAAACGCAAUCUCAGUAUUUAAAUUUCGGUAAUGAUGAACAGAAACAAGGCAAGGCGGAAGCCGAAGCCACUCAACAAUCUUCACAUGCAAUAGUUAGCGGAAGUCGUGGUAUAGGCCAAGCACAAAGUAUGUCGUCAGGUAGUACCGGUUGCGAAGAUUGUCCUGGAUAUCCUGGUAUCGAAAUGGCGCCAGAUAAAAUACGAGUUCCACCAACGGAUGUUAUACGUCCAGGAACGGGAAUAAUACCUGGAGGUGUACCUUAUCCUGGUGGCGUUGCUCCCGGAACGUUACCUUAUCCUGGUGGCGUUCAGCCUGGUAUUACGAGACCAGGAGGUGAUGGAACAUAUCCUGGUGGCGUUCAGCCUGGUAUUACAAGACCAGGAGGUGACGGAACAUAUCCCGGUGGUGUUCAACCUGGUGUUAUGAGACCAGGAGGUGACGGAAUAUAUCCUGGUGGUGUUCAACCUGGUGUUACGAGACCAGGAGGUGACGGAAUAUAUCCUGGUGGUGUUCAGCCUGGUGUUACGAGACCAGGAGGUGAUGGAACAUAUCCCGGUGGUGUUCAGCCUGGUAUUACGAGACCAGGAGGUGACGGAAUAUAUCCUGGUGGUGUUCAGCCUGGUGUUACGAGACCAGGCGGUGACGGAACAUAUCCCGGUGGUGUUCAGCCUGGUGUUACGAGACCAGGAGGUGACGGAAUAUAUCCUGGUGGUGUUCAGCCUGGUGUUACGAGACCAGGAGGUGACGGAAUAUAUCCCGGUGGCGUUCAGCCUGGUGUUACGAGACCAGGAGGUGAUGGAAUAUAUCCUGGUGGUGUUCAGCCUGGUGUUACGAGACCAGGAGGUGAUGGAACAUAUCCCGGUGGUGUUCAGCCUGGUGUUACGAGACCAGGAGGUGAUGGAAUAUAUCCUGGUGGCGUUCAGCCUGAUGUUACGAGACCAGGAGGUGACGGAACAUAUCCUGGUGGCGUUCAGCCUGGUAUUAUGAGACCAGGAGGUGAUGGAACAUAUCCCGGUGGUGUUCAACCUGGUGUGCAACAAGGACAAGGCAUAUAUCCUCCUGGUGUUGUAACUACAGUAACAACGGGUACUACUGUUGGUGUUAAUGCUUAUCCAGGUGGUAUCGCACCCGGAACUGGCUUUCCGGGAACGGCAUAUCCGGGAGCUCCUGGGACAGGAACUUAUCCAGGAAGUGGAGUUUAUCCUGGCAGUAUUCAAACGGGUGUCAUUCCAGGACCAGGCGCUGGCACAUAUCCCGGUAGCAUUGUUCCUGGCGGAACAAUAGGUCAAAAAGUUUAUCCUGGUACUGGACAGCAGACUGGUAUUCCAGGAGGGACAGGUCAAGGAGUUUACCCUGGACAACAGACUGGUGUGACUUAUCCCGGUGGAAUUGUACCAGGUACUAUUGUACCAGGUGGAGGUCAAAUUCCUAUCAUAACAACCACAGAUUCAAGAGCUGGCGCUGGUUCGCAAGUGAUAACUCCAGGUCAAAUAACGAAUGGUCAACUAAUUUAUCCAAGUUCUGGUGGUAUCACUCAAGUUGGUAGAACAGAUGGUGUACCAGGUAUUCAAGGCACAUAUCCUGGCACAUAUCCCGGAAGUGCGCAACUUGUUCCUGGUGGCUACUAUCCCAGUCAAGGAAUUUACCCCGGAGGUGUUCAGAUACCAACGCACCCAGGAGGACAGUAUCCAAGUACUGGAGGAACAGGCGUACCAGGAGUUCAAUAUCCAAUAGAUGUAAUGGGUCAAACAACAGGAAGAGGUGAAAGUCCUCGAGGAUUUCCUGGACAAUAUCCAGGCGGACCAGGAGUCAGUACUGGCUACCCAGGAAGACUUUAUCCAGGAACAGGUGGAACUACAGGUACUGGUGAUGAUUCGCAGUACUACUCGCAAGUUGGAGGACCAGGCGGACCGGCGGGCAUAACAGACGACGGUUCUGAGUCACAAGCGUCGAGCUCUGUACAACAGGUGGAUUCGGGCACUCAAGCAAGUGCCUCGGCACAGGGUAAAUAUGGUUCGGGCACGGCCCAGUCGCAAGUAACGGGCACGUACAGCGGUUCCGGUGCCUUUUCGGCACAAGCUGGCACUAGCGAUGCCAAUAAGGGCGCACAGACUGAGGUCAGUGGCGGUAAGGAAGGAGCUACCAGCAACGCGCAAGGCGUCGCCGGUUAUGGAAAGAGUCAGUCUCAGGUUCAGUUGGAUUCCGAUUCUGGAGCCACCUCGACAGGUGCUCAGAGCAGCGGUUGGAACCACGGCACGAAUUCUCAAGUGCAAGCAAGCUCCAAAGGCGGAAUGGCGGACGCUCAGGCUAACGGCGAAGGCAGCACUUCUAGUCAAGCGCAGAUUGGAUUCCAACCGUAUUUAAAAAACGAUGACGAAAAGUUGGAGGAGCGUUCGACACCGUUCCGUGGCAGUGGAACAGCGUCGGCUCAAAGCGGCACUCAUCGAGGUCAGUCCCAGUCGCAACUGCAAGGUUCCUUUCAGUACGGAAUCACCUACACCGGUGCGGCGCAGGCCGGUUCCGGAUCUGGCGCCGCAUCCUCGCGGAAACCCUUCAACUUUACCGACACUGAGCUCUUUAAACCGUUCAAAGUGGACCCUUCUCUGAAGAAACCAACAAAUACUGACACUUUAUCAAGUCAACCGGUAAAUCCAAAUUACGACAAUAAACAGGACAAUCGCGAGCAAAACUUGCAGAGCAGCUCGUCAAGACAAACAGUCGUUGUAAGUUCUAAAGAUAGUUCAGACGGUGUUACAAACAAGAAGUUAACAACCACCGAAAAACCUCAAACGGACGACGCGACAUACGACGAUUACACAACAGACGACGAAUACACAGACGAUGAUGAUUAUUCCGCGGUGGCGGGUCCAAAAUUGACGAUUCAAGAGAAGAUCUCGGGAACUUUCCCUAGCUCGAGUCAUGAGAAACUCAGCAGAACCGUUCAGCAACAGGACCGCAGUCAGUCGCAGACAAUACAAGUCACAAAAGGAAAUCGAUACGAUCUUCACGUAAAUCAAGACUCGAAUAUACCGCGAACAGGCGACAUUCUUCAACCGGGACAAUCUGUGUUGGGAUAUAUCAUACCGCCAGGAUUUCGUGGUAGAGUUACGUCAACUUCUGGUGCUGAGACCGUCGCCCAGGGCGACGGUAAAUCCCAGUCUCAAACGGUAUCUUUGGUGCCGAAGGAUAUGAACACGACCAAGUCGCCCGGCACGGAAACCAGAUCGCUUCAAACCAAUCAAGAACGUUACGUUUCCCGGCAUACAAUACAAACGAACAAUAAGAAACAAGGACUUACUGUUAAUAAUCAAAACGCAUCGUCCGACAAACAAGCGAGACCUACUCCAGCUGUGGCCAUAAAACCGAGUUACUACACGGUGACCAACAGUUUUGCCGGCAAGAUGAACGGCAGUCACCAACCGAGAAAAUACGAGCAUCGUUAUUACACUAAGAGUUCCACUUGCGGAUACUUCACGUUCUCUUGCAACGUCGUGUACGGUUCUAACGGUAGGACAAAAAUCUGCAAACCGAAAGUACCGACGUAUCCCGACGGGACGCCUAUGAAAUGUUGAACAGCCCAGAGAUGGAUGCGGAGAAAUGCGUGUCAUUAAUUGUCGUAUCAUAGGGGAAAGGGGGGGGAGGUUUCAAUAAUCCACAUUUCUUGAUGUAAUCGCAAAGGAUCCUUUUGAGUUCGCCUGUUCUCUUCACUUGUGUAAUGUUGAAAUUUAUAUAACACGCGUUCAUAGAGUAGAGAAGUCGUAUAUUUGUGACUAUAAUUGCUACUAUUUAUUAAGUUCAUCAAUAAAAUACAUAUCUUAAUUAGGAGAAAAAUCUUUGUUUUUUUUGUUUUUUUUUGUUUUUUUUUUUUUAUCCUCUUCUCACUGUAGUUAAGAAAUAUAAUGGUAAUAACAAUCUUUCUCAAAGUUCAUUGUAGAUGAUCUCGUGAUACAAUAUAUAAUGGUAUUUGUUUGAAAUUUUUUACGUCUAUCUAUACCCUCACUAACUAUCAGUACAUCUGCGACAACGGUAUUACUCGCAAAUACGUAUAUGUAAAUAGAAUGUGUUUCAACUUACGCGCUACGUUAGAUUUUUUCGAUAUUGACGUAAAAGGCUCAAUUAUAAAUAUCAGGUAUCGUAUCUUGUACAUAUUGUAUUCGCUAGUCUCCACUUCGCCCAGUCUUUUUCGAGAUGACGAAACGUACAGUCACAUUCGUGUGUGUGAUAUAUAUAUAUAUAUUUUAUGUGAAUGUAUGUACAAUACUUUACAUCGGAUGUGUAUAUAUAUAUAAAAAAAACCAUACGAUCGUACGGAAUAUAUAACGACGCGGAAUGUAAAAUUGUUUAUAAAAAAUGCGCGCGAUAAGAAAAGAAAUCAUAUUCACAAUUCGAAGUAAAAAAAAACAAAAACAUACGCGACGAUACAAAAGUAUUUACAAAAAAAAUGAACACAAUGUGUCAUGAGUUAAAUUAAUUGCUGAGCAGUAAAUACUGCGAUACAAAUGACUGCUCACACCGACGAGCAAUUGCAUAUUACAUCAAUAUGCCACUAUUUAUCUAUAUACAUUCAUCUAUACACAUACACGCUACUGGAAGUACAGUCAUGUUUUUUUUUUUUUUUUUUUUUUUUUUUAUGCUUGCCGUUAAACAUCGCGGCGGACGCGUACGGCUCACAGAAGUUACUCAAUACUUACAAUGUUGUUUUUUUGCGGAGCAUCGCGUCCACGAAGAGAGUCAA